AUGGAGGUGAUGGACAGCUGCAAGUUCUCCCCGUCCGAGCUCUUCUAUGACAGCUCCUGCCUCUCCUCCCCGGAGGGCGAAUUCCCUGAGGAUUUUGAGCCCAGGGAUUUACCUCCUUUCAGCGCCCACGAGCCCCCCGAGCCUGCCUGCUCCGAGGAAGAGGAGCAUGUCCGAGCUCCCACUGGCCACCACCAAGCUGGUCACUGCCUCAUGUGGGCUUGCAAAGCCUGCAAAAGAAAAUCCACCACAAUGGACCGGCGGAAGGCAGCCACCAUGAGGGAGAGAAGGAGGCUGAAGAAAGUGAACCAGGCUUUUGAGACCCUGAAGAGAUGCACCACUGCCAACCCCAACCAAAGACUCCCCAAAGUAGAGAUCCUGAGAAACGCCAUCAGAUACAUAGAGAGCCUCCAGGAGCUCUUGAGGGAACAGGUAGAAAACUACUAUCACCUGCCGGGACAGAGUUGCUCCGAACCAACUAGCCCCACUUCCAGCUGCUCCGAUGGGAUGGCCGACUGUGGCAGCCCCGUUUGGUCGGCGAGAGGCAGCAGCUUCGACGCCGUCUACUGUGCCGAGAUGGCCCACGGGUACGCCGCCGAUCAGAGCUGCGCGCUGUCCAGCCUGCACUGCCUCUCCAGUAUCGUGGAUCGUCUCUCCCCGGCGGAGGAACCAGGGCUGUCCGUCCGCGACGCCGACUCCCUCUCGCCCAGCGCCAGCAUCGACUCGGGGCCGGAGACGCCCGGGACGCCGCUGCCCCGACGGACCUACCAGGCGCUAUGAGGGGCCGGAGGGCCGGCACCCCGACCCUGCCGCCGGGGCCGCCUCCCGCGCCCGGCAGCCUCCUGCAAACUCUUCUCGGGCGAGAGGGGCAGCCCCGGAGCCCUUUGGGCCGCCGCUUCCGUCUGGGGCUGCAGGCAAAGCGCCGCGCCGGCCCCCGGCCAGGGAUU